AUAUGGGUUAUGUUUAUCGUAGAGAAUCCAAUCAUUAUGUCUAUGCCAGGAGGUUUGUUCCGUGGGUCAUUAGCAGUCAGCAUCUGCAGCACACAAGCCUAUUACUUAGAGGAGGAAAUUAUAGCAGCUUUAGGAGAUAAUUAGGUUCGGAGUAAUUCCUUCAUCGUGUUUUCUAUAAAGGCUGGCCUAAACCCUCCAGAUCUUCACUUCAAGAUGUUGGUCCAAGUAUUCGCAGCAACCCUCCUCUCCCUGGCGCUCUCAUGCCAGAACAUUCGACUCAUGGCAGAUGAUGGAAGUGUCGUGGUCGGACGGAGUUUGGAGUUUAGUGAGGUUCCAGUUCCAGCGAGCAACUCUAUCGUGACAGAGCCAGCAGGACAAGAACACGUGAUGCCCCUCACUGAAAACUGUGACGAUCCUUUUGUCUUUGAGAGCGACUUUGACGUAUUGAGGUUCAAGGUAUGGUUCAAUAAUGAAUGGGCCAACAGCACUCUAGGAGGAAUCAACAGUGAAGGUAUGGUUGCCAGUACCCUCUACUUCACCGACUACGCCCAAUUCAAAGACCCUGCUUCCUUCAAGGGAAAGAAAUGUGACAAGAUCAUCCCACAGACCAAAUUAGCAACAUACGUCCUGGCUAAGUACAGUACGGUAAAACAGCUGAGGAAGGAUUUGAAGAACAAAGUCUUCCCAAAGGUCUGGACCCAAGGAGAUCUUGGACUGGAGUCUGUUCCAUUCCACUACGUCUUCCACGACGUCACUGGACAGUCUUUGGUGCUUGAAUACACCAAGAACGGAAUGAAGUACUUCGAGAACACUAUCGGAGCUAUGACCAACUCUCCAGACUACGAAUGGCACAUGACGAACCUGAUGAACUACCCUACCAUGCAGCGAACAGAGUUCGAGGGCUUCAAAUAUCAUCACAAAGGACAAAAACAAUUGAUGAACCCCAAAUGGGUUGGAACAGGUUUCUCUGGACUCCCAGGAGAUUACAGCUCACCCAGUCGCUUCGUCAAGGCAGCGACCAUGGCCACUCACAGCGGCAAGACAAAGAAUGCAGAACAAGCCGUGACUCGAAUGGUUCACAUGAUGAACGCUGCUGAUAUCCCCAAAGGAAUCAUGUCUGCCCACUACGUUGAUGAAAAUGGUGACAAACAUGAACACACCGACUACACAUGGUGGAUCUCAGUGUACGACCUGAGUGCCAAGUGUGUGUACUACCGAGGUUACACCGACCUCUCCGUUAAGAGGAUCUGUCUGGAUAAUAUCCCUGACUUCCCUGCUGAGAUUGAUGUUGAGAGAACAUUUGAAGAGGGUGUUGUGGAUAUGACGAGUGAGCUGAAGAUGAAGGCUGUGAGACAGUAAACUGAUCCAGCUUGAAACAAUUGUUAUUAGCGUUUGAGUAUUGAACACGUCUGGAAAUGGACAUUGAACAGUAUCUGUGAUUUUAACUGUUUUUUAUAAGCUAUCUAUUCUUCUCGAGAGUUAGAAAGUUUGUUUAUCUUGUAAUUCACUAAGAAAUUUGAAAUGUAUCUUUUGUGAUUUUUGUUUUUGUAGGGUUACAUUGUAUGUUUAUAUUGCAUUAAGUUUGUAUUGCCUUAUAGUUAUAUUGCGUUAAAUUGGAUAAUGUUUUGAUAUAACUUGUCGUUAAUUCUUC